CACAAGAGGCAUGCUGAAUGAAUGCUGAUACAAAUUCAUAUGAGAUCAAAACAAAGGGAAAAGAGAAGUGAAAGAUUCUGUGAUAUGGAGAUUAAGGUACAAUCUGAUUCCAAGAAUCACGAUGAAUCAAAACUUCCGCUCUUGCGAGAUGGAUCUGAAAAAGAGGAGAAAACACCGAUACAGAAAGCCAUUAGCCAGACAUUUCAGAGCACAGCUCAUUUGGCCAAUCUUUUACCGACUGGAUCAGUCCUGGCUUUCCAACUUCUAUCACCAAUUUUCACAAAUGAAGGCAAUUGUGACUCAGUAGGCCGGUUCAUGACUGCUGCACUUGUGAUUCUCUGUGGGGUCUCAUGUUUCCUACUGUGCUUCACAGACAGCUUCAAGGACAAAAAGGGAAAUGUUUGUUAUGGGUUUGCCACUUUCCAGGGCCUGUGGGUCAUUGAUGGAACGGCCAAGCUUUCACCUGAACUUGCUGCAAGGUACCAGCUGCGCUUCAUAGAUUUCAUGCAUGCCUUCAUGUCAAUACUGGUAUUCAUAGCUGUAGCUCUCUUUGAUAAGAAUGUGGUGAGAUGCUUCUUCCCAAUGCCAUCAUAUACGACCCAGGAGAUUCUUACAAGACUGCCGGUAGGAAUCGGUGUCAUUUGCAGUAUGAUGUUUGUUGUGUUUCCUACCGAGCGCCAUGGAAUUGGCUUCCCCCUCUCUGUAAAUUAACAAAAGUUCACCAAUUAUG